AUGACACACGACUGGGGAAACUCGGUAGUGAAACCGUACGUCGCAUUUCAAAACGAACUGAGCUACAUAAACGGGUUGGUCAUGGGAGUUUCAAAACUGGCCGUGCCUCGGACAUUGCGUAGUCGUAUGUGCCAACUGGCGCACGAGGGCCAUUCUGGCCAAUCAGUUAUGAAAAAUCGAUUGCGUGACAAAUACUGGUGGCCCAACAUGGACGGAGAGACAGUAAAGCUCUACGAGUCUUGCGAAGGAUGCCGUUUAGUGCAUCGCGCGAAUCCACCGGAUCCCAUGAGCAGACGGUCGCUACCAGAAAAGCCGUGGAUUGAUCUGGCGAUCGACUUUCUCGGUCCGAUGCCUAGCGGCGAAUAUAUCCUUGUAACAAUCGAUUAUUACAGCAGGUAUAUGGUGCUUGAAAUCAUGACCAAAAUCACAGCCCAGGAGACGAUUCAGAGGCUAAAAAGGAUCUUUAGAACGUGGGGUUAUCCGAGAACAAUUACCUUGGAUAAUGACAAACAGUUCGUUUCCAAAGAAUUUGGAAAUUUCUGCAAAACGUUAAGUAUUCAUUUGAAUCACAGCACACCCUACUGGCCGCAAGCCAACGGCGAGGUCGAGCGGCAAAACAGAUUCUUACUGAAACGACUGAAGAUAUCCAACGCCCUCUACGGCAAUUGGAAAACGGAGCUCGACAACUACCUGAUCCUUUAUAUCAAUUCGCCCCACAGCUUGACUGGCCAAGCACCGAGUGAACUUCUCCAAAACAGGAAACUCCGCUAUAAACUACCCCAAUUGGAUGACCUCAGCUCAACACCACCAAGUACCGAAUUCCGCGAUCGUGACACUCAAAAGAAAUUCGAAGGAAAAGUACGAGAGGACAAUAGGCGAGGAGCGAAACGUAGCGAGAUAGAAAUCGGUGACAAAGUUUUGAUGAAGAACCUGCUACCGAAAGACAAGCUUUCCACCGACUUCCACAAAGAGAAGUUCUUGGUUGUAGACAAAGAAGGUACAAAUGUCACGAUCGAAUCGGAUGAAAAUGAUAAACGCUACGAACGUUAUACAUCCCAUUUGCGCAACCUCUGA